AUGGCGACCUCGACUUCCACCGCAAUUGAGCUGCAGCCCACCCAGGCUGAAGUCUCUCAGCAGUCCGUCACCGAGGACCUGAACCUCUUCUCUUCGGAUCUAGACCCAGUCUUACAGACUUCCCGGCUCAACGAUUCCACUGUCCCUGAUGGCGGAUACGGCUGGGUCGUCGUGAGCGCCUGCGCCGUCACUUGCUGGUGGUGGAUUGGCACGCCAUACUCGUGGGGCGUCAUGCAGAGCGCCCUGGUAGAGAGGGACGUUUCCACACCAGCCGUCCUGGCGUUUGUCGGCUCGCUCGCUGCGGCGCUCAUAUCGGCCAUGGCACUUGUGAACUCGGUCGUCCUGCAGAAAUUCGGGGCCAGGAAAACGGCCAUGAUGAGCAUGGUGCUGAUCAGCCUCAGCGAGUUCCUGAGCAGCUUCACUUUCCAGAACAUCACGGCGCUCUUUUUCACGAGCGGGUUCAUGAUGGGGCUAGGGGUUAGCUUGGGCUUUUCGGCUUCAUCAACAAUACCAGCCCAGUACUUCAGCCGUAGGCUGGGCCUUGCAAACGGUAUUGUCUUCGCCGGCGGCGGUUUGGGGGGCGCCACGACCAGUUUUGCACUUGACGAGUUGCUCAAUCGCCUCGGCCCAGCCUGGACCUUCCGGUGUCUUGCUCUCAUGACCUUUGCGACAGGUGUGCCUGCAGCGCGACUCUUCAAGUCAUUUACUUUCGACGUCAUCUUCCUGGCCGGCGCCAUCGGGACUUUCCCACUCUUCGUGCCUCCCUUCUUCAUCCCACUGUAUGCCAAAUCCAUUGGUCUUCCCUCCAGCGCCGGCGCGGGUCUCGUCGCAGCCUUCAACUUUUCCUCCGCGCUUGGCAGAAUCGGUUGCGGGGCCCUCUGCGACAGGCUGGGAGCCUUGAACACUCUUCUGCUAUCACUCAUCACUACUGGCCUUAGCAUUCUCGCUCUGUGGCCGGCCUCGACGACCCUCGCUCCCAUGAUUGCCUUUGUGAUCUUGAACGGGAUAUCAAACGGGGGGUUCUUUUCAACCAUGCCAACCGUCGUGGGCAACGUGUUUGGGUCAGCAAGGGUGACUACUGCAAUGGGCAUGAUCGUCACUGGGUGGGUAGGCGGUUAUCUCAUGGGCGCACCGAUUGCUGGAUAUAUGCUCGAGGCAUAUGGUGGUGCUGACAGCGACCUUGGUGCAUACCGUCCCGCCAUGUACUACGCUGGAUCCCUUGCUUUGGCGGCCGCUGGUCUAGUCGCUGCAGUUCGGUUCCGCAAGAGUAAACAGUUACUGAAGAGAUUGUAG